GUAACUUUGAUACUCAACAGCUACGCGUUGCUUAUAAGCUCUACUGUAUGCAUAUUGUUUUACAAACAUUGUCAAGAUCAGCUGUGUUUUGCAUUGAUAAUUCUUACGUGUUUGCGAUAAAAGGACAUUCUGCCAAAAUAGCUUUUAUUCUGUCGACUGACACAAGACUGGGGACUUGAUAGUGUGAACCGCCUGUAAAUCGUUCAUAUAUUUGAAAGACUGAGCAGCGAAAACACAACUUAUUAGAAGGAUGGGAAGUAGCGAAUCAACACCCCCACCACCACCGCCGAAGAAACUCACUGAUUACCCAUGGAGGACACUUUCGGGCUGGAGCGCAGAGUUUGAGAAAGCUUUAUUAACCGAGAUCAGGCAACUUGAACCGGAGGAAAAGCCGAAUUUGUUAAUAUUAGGUCCGGUUGGUGCAGGAAAAUCUAGUUAUAUCAAUUCCAUUUUAAGCAUUGGGAAAGGACGAAAAUGUGCACUUGCAUCUACAGGCGAUACGGGGGAUGCGAGCUGGACACUAGAUCUUGGGAGUUAUACAAAAGGAAGUUUACUACAGAAAUAUCGUUUGUUUGAUUCGAUGGGAAUUGAGCCAAAAGAUGGACAUGGUUUCCAUACAGAUGAUUUGAUUUUCUUGAUCAAAGGGCACGUCAAAAAGGGAUACAGAUUCAAUCCUGUAAGUCCGAUUGAUGAGAAAAGCCCGCAAUAUAGAAAGGAACCAUCAUUUCGAGAUCAGAUGCAUUGCGUCAUCUUUGUUGUCAGUGCAAUAACUAUUCAUGCUGGAAUUCCGCCAGCCUAUGUUCAGAAGAUAAAACAAUUACAAGAUAGAAUUAGACGAGAACAUGUUCCUCGUAUAUUAAUUCUGACUAAGGUGGAUGACCUAUGUGAAGAAGUGGCCAGAGAUAUCACAAAAAUGUUCAGGAGCGUUAAAGUUCAAGAAACCGUUAAAACAGCAAGUGAAGUGUUUGGCAUCGAACAGGCAUCCAUUCAUCCGGUUAAAAACUAUGAGGUUGAUGGAAAUAUAGAGACAAUGACAAACAUCCCACUGUUACUAGCCCUUAGACAGACAAUGCAGUAUGCAGCUGACAGAGUAGAAUAUGUUCUACAGGAAGAUAGCGACGACGAUUAGACAAUGAACUAUUAAAAUCAUUUCGUGUUAGCAUUAUUGUGUUCUUAACAAACGUUUCUUUGACUACCAUGUCAAACAUAACGUUUACAUUGUGUUAUAUCAUUAAACAGACUUUAACUUAUACCAUUCUAGAUAUGCUUGCGUUAUGCAAUUAUCAUAAACUACAUGUACAUACAUGAACUAAACUGAGGUAUGUACUAUCUAAAUCAUUGUAAGUGAGUUUAAUAAAUUUCAAAACUCUUCCUGAAAUUAUUUGUUUAAAUAAUUGUGGUUUAUAAAAUAUUUUGUUUUAUGGAACAUGUAUUAUUUUUAUUAUUAUAAUCAUUAGCUAUGAUUAUAUUAGAUAUGAAUUAAGCAAAAAUAAAGAUAAUUAUUUAUAAUAACAAUAAUAAUGAUGAUAAAAUGGAUGGAAAUACAAUUGUUAUGUUUGUAAAGACAUUUAUCUUGAUGUUAACACAACAUAUGUGUCUUUGAAUAAUCUAUAGAUAUGUUGUGUUUUGUUUUUUUGAAAACUUUGUUUUUCAAAUUUGUUUAAAAUACCAAUUCGUCAAUUAUUUCUUAAAACGUCAGUAUAUAAGGCUAACCAAACUGUAGUAUGCACAUGCACGUGAUGUGUUCAUUAUUAAUAUGAUAUUUUCUCAAUUGAGUAAAAUAUGGAAUAAAUUUUCACGAAACGAAACUUGAUUUAAUUUUAUAUUUCACAAUAAACGUAAAAAUACAACUUUUUAUUCAAUCUGAUUUUCAAGAAAAAAAAAGAAAAAAACAACAAUCAAUAAAUGAGCCGUGUCAUGACAAGACUGAGCGGAUGCGAAGGCUGGUCUGGGUCCAUGCUGGUCGCAUACGCACUAUGUUGGUUUUGUCGGGAAACGGCUCAAAUAUUGUUUACAGCUACGUAGUUGCAAAUGAACAUCGCGCAGGUAUCGAUAACAAUUUAUAGGUGUGUGCGGCGUUUUAAAAAAAAUCUUGAACUGUCUUAAGAAAGAAAACAUUACCAAAUAAUAUCUGAAAGUCAAAUAAAUAGCUUAAGCUACUGACUGCUACAUUUAACAUCUGAGAAAUUAGUCCCAAACAUAAAUUUGACCUCUGACUCCGCCCACUUUUAUGUUUAUUUUUCAUAUUAUUUUUGUUUUGUCAUUAAAGAUAUGUAAACAUUUACAUUUGAUUGGUAUUGCAAAAUAUAAGAUUUUGACUAAACUAAUGUAUUGUUAUAAUUAAUCAAUAAUGAAUUAUGCUGAUUUUUAGAAUAUUUUACGCAAAGAUUACUGACUAUAUAAAUGUUGUAUAUCACAUGAAAUGUGAUGUACAGUAUAUCAGUAUUGGUAAUAUACAUGGAAGAAAGUAUCAGUAUUUCGUUGGUUGCUUUAUUUUAAACAGAAAUACAAUGUUUUCAAAUAAUUGACAUGUUUAUGACUAAAAUACGUUCAACUUUGUUGAUUAGAUAUGUUAUUACAGAUUAUAAUAAACUCAUUAUCAAAACGUA